AUGGCUAUCCAAGUCUGGCGCCAUGUGCCUGGAAAGCUACUGCUGUUCCUCAUGAACGUCGUCGCCGCCACGGCUCUCAUCUUCGAAGGCUACAACCAAGGUGUCCUCGGCACCGUGAGCUCCACGCCUGGCUUCAUCAAAAUGGCCAACAUUGGCGCCGACGGCGUGGUCACCAACUCGACCAAGCAGGGUGGCCUCGCAGCUGCGUACUACUUUGGCGGUAUAUGCGGCUGCUUCAGUGGCGGCUGGGUCGGUGACGAGAUCGGUCGCAAACGAGGUGUACUCUGCGGCACCGUCUUUGGCGUCCUGGGCGCGGCCCUCAUGGCAGGCAGCGUGAACAGCGACAUGUUCAUCGUGGCGCGCGUCAUCGCCGGGCUGGGUAUUGGCUUCAUCAACGCCAUUGUGCCCCCCUGGGUCAGCGAGCUCUCGCAGGCCCACGAUCGAGGCUCCAGCUUCUCGCUCGUCUUCGUCGCCAACUAUCUGGGUGUCGUGAUCGCGUACUGGAUCAAUUUUGGCGUCCGGUCCACCAACGACGAGUUUCGGUGGCGCUUCCCGCUCGGGUGGAUGAUCAUCCCCUUGCUCAUUGUCGACAUGUGCAUCCCCUUUUUGCCAGAGUCGCCGAGAUGGCUCAUUGCCAACGGGAAGAGGGAGCAGGCCAUUGCUAUUCUGUGCAAGCUGCGCGGCGAUCUGGCGGCUAACGACCCCCUUAUUGUCAGGGAGGUGGAGCAGCUGGACGCCAUUGUCGAGAGCACGCAUCACAAGAGGAACGAUCUGAUCAAUAUCUUCCUCGCGGGUCGCUACUCGGGAAACCUGCAUCUCGGGCGACGUGCCGUCAUGGGCUUCCUCCUUCAGUGGAUCCAGCAGUGGACGGGUAUCCUCGCCAUUGCCGGCUGGUCGACCACGCUCUUCCACCUCGCUGGGUUCAGCUCAUACAAGUCGCUGUGGCUGGCAGGGCUAGUCAACACCUUUGGAAUUCCCGGAACGGCAGCUGCUUCCUUGGUCAUUGACCGCAUCGGCCGCAUCAAGUCGCUGCUCGUGUCGUUUGUCACCCAGGGCAUCGCGCUGUUCCUCGUCGCCGCCUUCAUCAAGACGUCUGAGGAUGCUGCUCAUGCAGGGAACCAGCCUCAAUCUGAGAGACUGGGAACUGCUGCCGCCUCCUUUGUCUUUGUGUACCUGUGGUUCUUCACCAUGUUCAACAUUGUGCCGUCCUGGAUCUACGGCACGGAGAUCUGGCCGCAGGAGAUCCGCGCCAAGGGGUACAGCUUCACCAUCUUCGGCUGGGCUGCGGGCUGCGGCAUGACGCAGUUUGUCAUCCCCAUCAUGCUUAACCGUCUCGGCUGGGGAACCUUUGUCUUCUUUGGGGCCAUGAACGUUGUGGCCCUGCCGAUCGUCUACCUUUUCUACCCUGAAGUGGCGCAGCGCUCGUUAGAGGAGAUUGACCUGCUGUUCACGAGCGAGAGUCUGCUUGUGAGCAAGAACAUGGUCGAGUACUACCGUCGUAUGGACGAGGCGGGCGGCAAUGUGGCUGUCGCAGCUCGAAGGCUUCUGGUCGAGGUGGACGGUGGCUCGCCACCUGCGAGUGUUGGUGAGCAGGAGAAGGGCGCAGCAGUCAGACAUGCGUAA